AUUAUAGUUUUUCAGUGCUGAUAGUAAUAUCGGAACGCAAACUUUUGAAUUUAGCUUUCUUCCUCCAUAUCUAUAUGCUUUAAGCUUUCCGAACACAGUAUGAAUUCUGCUUAAUUCUUAUUAAAGAAACUCUAGCUGGUAUUGGAGUUGUUUAUCUUUCCUCUUACAUCAUGAUUCGUUGCAGUUACUUAUGUGUGGUCGUUCGAUGUGGUUUGUUCUUGACUUGUGAAGUCUUGAAAGCAGUGAAGUCUCCGGUGCAAUAAAAAUUAUGCGUGUGUGCCGUUGGUCGAACAUCACGCAUCGUUGAACAAAUCGCGCGUUUACUCCGGUAGUCCGGUGUCGUUUGUGGCGAUCUUCGUCUCGGGUGCAUCUGAAUUAUAACAUUGUUCAGUAUUUGGUUUACCGCAGUCGAAAGUGACAAGCAGUGACGAAUGAAUUUACAUAAUAAAUUCAGCACACUCGAUGCUGCCUCGAUUGCGAAGGCCACGUUAAUUAUCGGAAUAAUAUCAUCAGCAUAGUCAAUAAGUGAAUCCCACAAUACAAAAAAUGUUCGAAGCAAUUUAUUAAUCGAGCCAAUUUUUUUUAUUUUUUCACAUGCUUUAAAAUACUGAUCGACAAGAUCUGCAUCGAUCGAAACAAAUGAUAAUCUGAAGGAGCACAGUCUGAUGAAUAGGCGGCGUGUGACUACCGUCCGAGCUGGCUCAUGAAUCUUUCCUCCCUACCAGAGUAUCUCACCGAUUAGCAUAGCGUGUGUAUAGAGUGGACAUCCGGGAAGUGUGACCCCGAAGACCUAGUGAUCGAAUCCGACGACCAGGUUUUUUUUACAACCCGAUCUUUUUCGUUCAACAGUUGCACGAACAAGGAGUCGAUAUGGAUCAGGUCUACGUAGACAGAGAGACUGGCGAAGAUCUGAUUCACUCACUUUACGAUUGUGAUAUUUGUCGUUCGAUUGAAUCCGCAACAGUAAACGAUGCGGAAACUGGGGAGCCAGAAAUCAACCUUGCGGAUCACGCGACGAUCGGAUGUCAUCUUAGAAGAGUACCAUUUCAGAUACCGAAAGAAGUAAAGGAAAAGACAUUGAAGAAACGCUAUCUGGAACUGGAGCCAGUUCCAACAGGUGCUUCUUUCGGUCAGAUCAAUCCUGUCUGUUUGUUUUUACCGGCAAUCAUCUAUUUCCGUUGGUUCCUCGCUUUAUUGAUGCUCUUGGAGGUCAUUUUGCACAUGUGGGCGCAUCACAAGAACAAGACCCUAAAAAAUGCCAACGUAUACUUCCGCUCACCGUUUCACGAUAUCUCUGCCGAAUUCUGCGCCCUUUGUCAGAAUGAAACAUGCAUGAAUCGCGUCGGUAAGAUGCACCAAGUCCGAAUGCACAAGUUUCUGCGACAGUGCAACUAUAUGAAGAGAGUUGUGACGUGAUUCGAGCGAAAGUGUAUCCAGUGGAAUCAUUAAAUUUUAAAACGAUGACAGUAAUUAUAAUUACUUUGAACUUGCCCAAAGUUGUUUUACGUGAAAUAAAUAUUAUAUUUUAUAUAUCAUAUUUUAAAUAUAUUAUAGUGUUACAUAUAAUGUUAUAUAUAUUAUGGCUGUUAUUUUUAUUCUUUAUGGUGAUAUUUGUUGACCGUUAAAAAUUUUUGUGUUAAGUUUUUAUAUCUUUCAUAUAUAAAAGUUAAGAUAUAUGCAUGUAUUUCUUAGAAAAACACAGGACAAGACAAUAAGAACAUUACAGCAUGUUCAACAGACAAAGCAGAUCAAUGAGCAUUCAGUGAUUUUUUAACAUAUUAAUAUCAUAAUUGGUUCUUGUCUUUAGUUCUUCACUGAAUCUAGAAGUAGAAAAUAGUCAUUAUAAAGAAUUAUAAAGAAGUAAAUAAUAAAUUUAAAAAAUUGAAAUAAUAUGUAAUUUUGAACGCUCACUAAUCUGCUUUGUCUGCUAAAUACGCUCAUUAUAACAUACUUAAUAUGAGUUUUAUAUUAUCAUUUUUGUAUAAAAAAAUUUUUAAAAGACUUAUAUUAAAAUUCUUUUAGUAAAAUAUAAAUACAGAAUAAAUUAUUGUAUUAUAUUAAAGCUUUUGCUUUCUUUCUGCAAUCACAUUAAAUGAUGUCAAACAAAACAUAUUUUUGUCUUGCGUGAUACAGAAAAUUUUAACCCACAUUUUAAACUAUUACCUCUUUUACUUUUACUAGAUAGGGUCAAAUCAAAAAUAUGUACAGAUAAAAAUUGUAUGGUCUAAAAGGGAAUAAAUAAUAAAAUUAAUUUUAAAAAA